CAAAUUUCCUUUACCGACAUCUCCAUUGAAUUUUCCAAGCUUCAAGCUACGAAUGGCGUGGGUUGAUACGAUUGUGAAGCCAUUAUACACCUACUCGCAAUCUACCAAGUCAGUUUCUCUCAUGUGGAUCGUCAUAUCCAAGGGUCAUAUAUAAAGUCAAACCAAAUAUCAGAGAGGAUUGGGCUAUUCCAGCCAGAAUGGUGCGCAUAAAGCCCUUCCUGCGCCCGCAACAACUGCGCGCGGCCCUAACCCCAACGCCGACAACCCAACUCCUCUCGCCGCUCCAAGCAACCCUGCAGCAACACCAACAAAAACAGCAACAGCAGCGCCACUCCUCCUCCUCAACCACGGCCCCCGCCCCCGCGAUCCCCUCCCCAACGCCCUUCAUCCCAGACGUAAACACAUUCCUAACGGUAAUCGGCCGGGGCCUCUCCUCGCACGCCUCCAAGUUCCCGUCCUGGGACGCGCUCUUCAGCCUGACCUCAGACCAGCUGCGCGAACUCGGCGUCGAGCCGCCGCGCACGCGGCGCUACCUCCUGCAAUGGCGGCAGCGGUUCCGGCGCGGGCAAUACGGGGUCGGCGGGGACCUGCAACACGUGUCCGACGACGGGGCCGCCACGCUCGCGGUCUGGGAGGCUCCCGCGGCAGAUAAGACGAGCGCGGCGCGCCCGCGCAAGUACGUCGUCAACGUGCCGGAGGGGCGCAAGCUGGCGGACUGCUCGCUGGACGAGAUAUCGCGCGUGCGCGGGUACAAGGUGCAGGGCGCGAAGACGAUUGUGGGCCCGUACGCGCUGCCGCUCGCGGGGGGCGAGGGCGCGCGGGUCGCCGUCACCGAGGGCAUGUGGGAGGACCGCCGGGGUCACAAGAUCGACGGUGGUGAGCGCCGGCAGGCCGAGAUCCGGUAUAAGAAGCGUGUUGCUGAGCGUCGUGAGAUGCGGGAGCGGGGCGAGUUAUAGACAAAUGUCUACGACUUGCUUACCAAGGUAGCCUUGAGGAAUCUACGUAUAUAGCACCAAGCCUAUAUGUUGAUACGGGGCUGCUGUACUUUAUGUACCACAAACACGAUCACGACACAUUCCACAAACGUUGACAAUUGAUUGGGUUCGAACUUUUG